AUGGCCCAUACCAUGGAAAAACAGGAAACCGAGCUGGUGGAAGUCCGCCAGCUGUGGCCUCCUACGCCGCUGCCGGAACCGGCCAGAGGGCCAGCUCCACCCAUUCCAAACGAAAUCUACAACUACAAGCUUGUGCUUUUGGCUGUUACAGCAGCUUCAGCAGCUACCAUUAUUGGCUAUGACUCGGGUUUUAUUGGCGGCACCGUUUCUCUUGAUUCGUUCAAAGACGAGUUCGGCUUAAAUGAGAUGCUGUCGCUGAAACAGAGCCAGAUCUCGUCCAACGUGGUUUCUGUUUUCCAGGCUGGAGCGUAUUUUGGCUGCUUGUUCUUCUACCCUAUCGGCGAGGUUCUUGGAAGACGAAUGGGACUUUUUCUUCUGGGCUUCUUGCUCACUUUCGGCGCCGCCAUCUCGCUUAUUCUGAACCUGGACCGUGGUUUGGGUGCUAUUUAUGCUGGCAGAGUGCUCACCGGGCUCGGUAUAGGUGGAUGUUCAGGCCUAGCGCCAAUCUAUGUUUCGGAAAUUUCGCCUGCAGCCAUAAGAGGAAAAUUGGUUGGAUGCUGGGAAAUUUCAUGGCAGGUGGGCGGCGUGAUUGGCUACUGGAUCAACUACGGUGUUUUGGAAAACGUCGCACCUAGCACUAAACAGUGGCUCAUACCGUUUGCUAUCCAGCUUGUGCCUUCGGGGCUUUUCUGGGGACUUACGAUAUUGUUACCAGAAUCUCCCCGUUUUCUUGUUUCCAGAGGCCGUGUGGACCAGGCGCAGAAAAACUUGGCCUACUUGCGUGGACUUCUGCCUGAACACCCAUACUCCAUCUACGAGCUCGAGACGAUUUGCACGUCGAUCGAGGAGAAUUUUGCCGUCACGGGAAGAGGCUUUUUUGCACCUUUGAAGGCCAUGUUCACCAAGAAACACCUUGUUUACCGUCUAGUGCUCAGCACGGCCUUGUUCAUGAUGCAGAACGGUUUUGGUAUCAACGCUGUGACUUACUACUCACCUACGAUUUUCAAGUCUAUUGGUGUCAACGGCAACAACGCCACGCUUCUCUCUACAGGCAUUUUUGGUGUUCUCAAGGCGGUGGCUUCGCUUUUCUGGAUCUUCUUCCUCGUCGAUAAGCUUGGUCGAAGAGCCUGUCUUAUUUGGAUCUGUCUUCCGUGCACCAUUUGCAUGUGGUACAUUGGCGCCUACGUGAAGAUUGAAAAUCCAGCUGCCAGACUAGAUGCUGGCGAAACAGGCAGUACAGCAGGAGGAAGAGCUGCACAGGGUCUUCUAUACAUCUGGACUGUUUUCUACGGUUUAACAUGGAACGGAACGCCGUGGGUGAUUUGUUCGGAGAUUUUCCCACAAUCUGUGCGUACAGUGGCUCAGGCCGUGAACGCCUCUUCCAACUGGUUCUGGGCUUUUAUCUUUGGGCACUUUACGGGCCAGGCGCUCGACAAUAUAGGCUACGGCUACUACUUUUUGUUUGGCGCCUGCUCCAUUGUUUUCCCCGUUGUGGUGUAUUUCAUAUAUCCAGAAACCAAAGGAGUACCAUUGGAAGCCAUGGACUAUUUGUUUCAAAAGCCAGCAUGGAGAGCACACGGGUACGCCAUGAAACAGUACCGUGAGCACUAUAUGGGAGAGUCGGACAGCGUGAAGGAAGAGGAGAUACUUUCGCCAAACUAG